AUGGGUCGCUGGACGCAGUACGAUGAGGAUGAGGCAAGGUUGCCAGAAGGAAUGACCCGCGUAGGGUAUGACUCUGAUACGGGCAAGUACUACUUCCGCGACUCUGACGGUUCCCUCUGGGAGGGCCCUGAAGGAGCCCAGUAUGGAGAGAUGGUCAAGGUCUCCGAUGCACCCAUUGCUCUGGGUGAGAGCAGCAACGGCAACGAUGUAGAACCUGGUGGGCGGGCGGACGGUUAUUCACCACUCGCUGUGGACCCUGUAAGUCUGUUCAACGGGACCCGCAUUCGAUCUGAAUCUCCGUACCGCAUGCUCUUCCCCUUCCUCCUAAUCAUCAUCGUGAUCCUCCUCCUCAUCGGCCGUCUCGUCGUAUUCCCCUCAUCCUCCUCCUCCACCCCCGCCAAACUCUGCCCUUCAGGCAGUACCGCAUCAGUGAUCGUCAAAGGCGACACCUGCUGGGCCAUCGCAAAGUCGCACGAGAGUAGUGUGGACGACCUGUUAUCGUUGAAUCCUGGUUUGGACUGCGACACCUUGAAACCUGGACAGAGGAUCUGCGUGAGGUCGGAGAGCAGCACUAGUGGUGCACGUCGCGGUUGA